AUGAGCGGCCUGCGAGAAAGACGGUCUGGAAGACUGUCUCGAGCGUGCGCUCCCCACGUCCUGCUCAAUGGCCUCCGGAUAUUCUGGUUCUCACUGAUUCUGUGGGCGGAGAUCGGUAUCUAUUUCUACAGGGUAGGGACGUGCUCCUGGCCGGACAAAUCUCUGCGGAGUGUACCGUCAGAACGGCCUGCGCAUGUUCUCCUGAUUGCUGACCCUCAAGUACGGAACCCUGCUUUGCCCCAUGCGUCAAAGUGGACGUGGUCGGGCUGGCGCCAGUCGAUCCUCGACUUCAGCGUCAAGAAGAGCUGGAACGUGCUUAGCCGCUCGAACGUCGACGUCGUGAUCUUCCUGGGAGAUAUGCUCGCGUCCGGACGAAUUGUGUCGUCGGAGAAUGAGUACAAAGAAUACGUCGGGAAGUUCAGGGAGGUGUUCCCCCUGGAUCGCCUCACACGUAGGCAGGAUAGCACGGUUCCCGUGUACUUUAUACCGGGGAAUGAGGAUAUUGGCUUGGGAAAGUCGAUUUAUUACUCCAAGAAUGCCCGCCGGUACUAUGUCAAGUACUUUGGCCCGCUCAAUCAGAAGGUGUACGUGCGCAACCACACCUUUGCUCUCCUGAACGCCCCGGGACUUGUUGAUGAGGAUUAUCAACGAGCCGCACGCGACACGAAGUAUGAACAGUGGGUGCCGAUCCCCGGCGGACCUGUCAAUUUCAUUGAGACGGUCCGACAAGACACUCAUGACUAUCCUGUAGUCCUGUUCAGUCACAUUCCACUCGGGAGACCAGAGACGGCAUCCUGCGGUCCAUUGCGGGAGAAGGGAACCAUCGUCAGAGGAGUGGGACCGAGCUACCAGAACAUGCUUGGCAAGUAUACUACCAGCUAUGUUCUGGAAACUUUGAGGCCGCAGAUGGUGUUUAGCGGGGAUGAUCGAGAUUAUUGCGACUAUACCCACGUCCUUCCCCCAGCAGAACACAAUCCCACCGGAAACACAACGUUCGUCCGUGAAGUAACCGUAAAAUCCUUCUCUCUUGCCAAAAAUAUCCGGCAUCCCGGAUACCACCUACUUUCUGUGACAUACCCAUCAUUCCCGUCCGCUUCCCAAAAGACCCUUGCUGACCGCCCCUGCCAACUCCCCAACCCUCUCGCACUCUACUCAUCAGUGUAUACCCCGCUCAUAUUUUUAUCAUUCAUAAUCAUCGCAGCAUCACAAGUCUACUUCCACCGCACGAAACGAGGUCUGCGACUGCACCACACAUCAUCGCCUCGCCUUUCCAUCUCGCCGGUUCCUUUCACUGAUACCGACGGGUCCUCGCUUUAUGCCCUUUCGCAGUACACUCCUGCCCCGGAGUCCGCCAUCUGGUCGCCAUCUACCCCGGGCAUGAAGCAACCUAGUCCGCGCGGUGUCCUCCCGUCAGUGCGGACGCCUUUGUCCGCCCCGAUGGCGUUGAGUGCGCGAUCGCUCUCUGCGCCUGUGCUUAGGGCGACGCAGUCGCGCCCGGGGUCGCCAUUGUUGUCACCAGCUCACUCGCAAUUAAUGUUGCCGCAUGCGGACGAGGAGGAUAUGAUGAACAAUCUAUCCAUGGAGCAUGCGCACACGAAUGGCCACGGUAGCCUGACACCGUAUGAGCACUCGAACUACGACGAGGAGUCGGAUACCGAAGAGGCGGCGUACUUCUUGCCUACUACGGAUUCGAAGAGCACUCGACACCGCUCUGCAGGCCAGCGGACGUGGUCGUGGUCGUUCGAGCUCCUCGGGCGGCGGCGGCGCAUGACGCUGCGCGUCCCGACGGCCCCGUCGGCGCUCAGCACCCUCGGGUAUGUCCUCUCUGGCGAGUUCUUGGGGAACGUCGGCCGGCGGAAGAGUCUCGCUGCGAGGACGAGGAGUGAGGGGAUCAUGUGGGCGGUCCUGUUGGAUGCGGCUGUGGUUGCGUGGAGCGCUGCGGGAUUCUGGAUAGCCCUGAAUUGGUGGCUACGGUGGAUCAUUUAA